UUUACCUGCUCUGCUGUGUUGCUUUCUCCUGGAUCUUUGCGCGUCAUGACAGAGAGGCCGGUUUUCUGUGGCAUGCUGCGAGCUUCUGGCCACGCCGAAGUAUGGGAUCACAGCGACAAGGAGAAAUUCAAGCAGUUUGGAUGGCGUUGCUCUAACAGCGAGAGUUCGUACAAGACGGACACUCUCCUCGGAAAUUGGUGCGAAGAACGAUUCGAUGUGAACAAAAUGGCACGUCAAAAACCGCUACCAUCACAGUACAGUCACUACUUCGAGACGACACACAAGACUUCAUUCGGCAAUGACAACACACCAGUACCCCAGAGUCUCAAGAAACACAGAGGAAGGGAUAUUAUUGUAUUUCCUGCACAUCAGCCACAACUCGAUCCACCCAAAGUGAGGGAAUCACGCAAUCGCAACGCGUUCGUGAGCACAUCGAUUGCAACGUAUGGCAGACCGAAAAGCACGUGACGUCGACCGGAAAUCUGCGUUUCAUCGAACUGUAUAGCGUGUACACAGACUCAGCACUAGAAUUGUGUUUGACUGGAUGUCGGCAUAGUGGUACAUCCGGGCUUUUAUGUUAAUUAAUAAUAUUUAAAAGGCCACUGCAGUGCAAAAAAAUCAAAAAUUAUUUUUUGAGUUAA